CGUGGUUACAUGCUUUCUCAUAUAUCCCGUCUCUCGCAGUCCUGUGAAAGACGCACAAUAUACAUAGAUAAAUGGCGAAAAGGAUUUGUACAAAUAUACUAACGUGUCACACGGACACACCCACACCCACACUCACACGGAGAGAGAGAGAGAGAGAGAGAGAGAGAGAGAGACGAUACGCAUACGAAACUGCCUGCCCCUACGACCUAAUUAAUCACUGGCAUGUGCUUCCUUCCUCAUUGGGAUGGCGGCCUCGCUUUAUGUAUGUCAUCAUCAUACACGGUCGGCCUGAAAGUCUUAAUUCAUCGGGAGACACCUGAGCCCGCAUGAGCUGGCCAGAGCAGGCUACACCCAUUUUUUCUCAUUCCGACAUCCUCACAGUGACAAAACCAAAAAUGGCAUGAUGAGCACGAAGUCCAAACUUCCCCCUGGCUCUGUGAGCACAUGAGGCACAUCCCACGGCAGCCACCCACCCCCCCAAAAUAGAGAUCUGCACUUUUCACUGCCUAGCUACCAUCUGCCUGUCUGUGUGUCCGUCGGCCGUCUGCUCUCUAUGCAUUGUGGGUGUGUAUCUUGGAUCUUGUGAUGCUGAGAACGGCCUCGUAGACGCGCUCGAUGAUAGGAAGCAGCACGGGCGCAGCAGCCCUGAAUGCAUCACACGUGCAGGGCAAAGAAAGAAAGCAGUCCGUCUGGUUUGUGUGGCUGCCCUUGUCUGCUUGGCUGACUGACUUACGUUGCCAGAUUCAUCUUCAUGGUGGCAACAAACGGAUCUUGCAGAAGGUCAGGAGUGAGUUUGUUGGGCCUGCGGAGUCGGCGCAUGCACGCAGGCAUAGUGACGACUUUGUGUGUGGCUGCCUUUGUUGCGGGGUCGAUAGUGUGAGAGGCUACGUACAUGUACCUCUUUUCGUAUCUCAUGAUGCCGGCUUUCAUUGCGACAUCUGCAUAAGGAUGCUGCAUGCCCUCUUGGACCUUGACCAACACUGAGAAUUGGAUCAACAAACAAAUACGCGAGGAAGUGCGUGUCAAAGUGUGGGUUUGUCUGGAGAUCGACGCACCUGAUAUGAGCUCUGCAAGUCGGCACAUGAGGGCCCCCGCACCGUACCGCGGCUGCUGCGUGCCAAAGAUGACGUAGUUCUUCUUGCCCGGCAUGAACGCGCCCUAAACACAAGUGCCGGAUGAAGGCGUGUGUAUGCAUUGGCUGCACUCUACCUACCUCAAUCAGUUUCGGUACGCCGGCAUCCCAGUAGGUGAGUGUUGGCUCACAUAACGGGUAGGUCAGGUGGUAGCCUGCAGUGGACACACGUACACCAGAUGAGCACUCACAACAUGUCAACGAACAAGCGUCGGUUGCCCACGGCAGUGUGUGCGCUGUUCACUUGCUUACCAGUGGCACAGACGAUCAUGUCAACGGUGAUGGUUUUGCCAUCCACAAACGUCACCUCCUUGCCUGCAGAAGGACACACAAACGUCCACAUGAAUAUGCAUCUCCACACGUGGAUCCCUCACGUACCGUCAACGGAUUUGACGCCGGGGUGAGGGAUGAUGCGGCCAAGCUUCAGAUAGUGCAGGAAUGUGUCGUGGAUCGUGGGAUGCAGCUCGUACAGAUCAUGGUCGGGCUUCUGCAGACCGUAUGACCGAUAAUCCUGCACAUAACAUAUGUACAACACACACACAGCAAGAGCUAAAGCCCGUUGGUACACCCACACAGUCUGUGCGCUGUUUUUCGACUCACUCACCCCGACAGCGAUUCGCAGCAGCCAUUUGGUGUACCUCCUGACGAACCACGUCGGCCACCAGGGCGUGAUCAGCCUGCCAAGUGGCAGGCCAAACCCCGUCCGUGGGAGGAUCCAGUGACCCCUGAUGCGAUGCGCACCGCACAGCCGCAUGACAAGCACACGCACGUCGGCGUGGCGUGGCAUGCAUCAAACCAUCCGCAUGGAUGUAGGCACAUACGUACCGCCUCAGUGAUGCAUGUGCCUCCGCGGCCACUUGUGCAGCGUCGGCGUUGACGUCCAUGGCUGAGUUGCCGCCACCCAGAGUGAGGACCCGCUUGCCUCGCAGCUGCUCCCGCGUCUUGUAGUCCUUCGAGUGAAUCAUCUCGCCACUGAACGUGCCUGUACACGCAGUGGUCGUCUAGCAUUCCCCUCGCUGCCUCCCUCCUUUGCUACCUUCGAGCUUUGGCCAUCGUCUGUUCCUGUGGUGUCCCGUGCACACGAUGACCCCCUUGUAGACGUGCUUCUGCGGCGAAACGGCCUCCCCUUGGUGGCCGGCCGUCUUGGUCUUGAUGGUGACGGUAUAGGAAUUCCCGCACCCAUCGUUUGGCGCGAUGUGCUCAACCUCGGUCUCGAGCCUCACCAUCGGCAGGACGCCCCAGUGGGCCGCAUAGCUCUUCAGAUACGCAAGCAUCUGCACAGGCAGACAAACGAACAUCACGAAUCUACUGGGAGGCCCAUGUGUGUGUGUGUGUGUGUGUGUGUGUCUUGGGUGCCAUGGACGUGCCUGCGCUUUAGAUGGGAACUCCGGGUAGUUUUUUGGCAUGGGGUAGUCUUUGUACUCCGUUUCAAGACGACUACUAAUGAUGUGGACGUCGUUGUACACCUGCAGACAUACAUACACACAUACAAACGGAGAGGGGCAGACAUCCAUAUGUGGACAGACAGGUGAGGUCGGUGCUGCCUUGUCUCACUCCGUUGAACCAGUUGCCGCCGAUCUCCUCAUUGGCAUCCACAAUGUCGAUGGGGAUCCCGUGACGCUUAAACGACGCACCUACUGCCAACCCACUGAACCCUGUACAGGCCACACACAGACACACAAACUAGCAAUGAGUAGAUGGCGCUUGCAAUCAGUCCCAUGUUCCCUCCGUGCUUCUGUCUGCGCCUUAAUUACCUGCGCCCACAACCAGAAUCUUCUCCUCCGUUUUGUCGACCUUCGCGGCCCUGGCUAUCCUCUCCUCGUCAUACACCACCUGAACAAUCGCACACACGUAACGCAUGUUUAAAAUACGCAGACUCCGAUUGAAGAAGAGCUGUCUGCUUACGUUUAUCAGCUUGCUGGGAUCGGCCGUCCUGGACCAGAAGAGCCACCAGCCGACACAGAAGAGCGUCGUCAAACCAACAACAGCCAAGAUGACAAGGCGCACCACAUCAAGCGACGGGCUGGCGGGGUCAAACAAAGCUGUCACGUCCAUCAUCGCCGCAUGGGAGAUG